GAGCGUUCUAUUUGCGGCUCUUACCACUGGAAUUUGAAAAUUCUUGAAGGAAGAGAAUGCAAUAAAAGUUGGUGGACGUAGCUCUCCUCGAUCAGCACCUUUAUCCUUCUUCAAUCCUCAUGGCUCAGGAGGCCGACUACUUCAGCGAUUAUAUGGUCAUAAGGCCAGAUAAAGGAGGGAUGGCUGAUCUUUUCUAUCUCUUGUAUUCCUCUAAUGUUUCUGAUAAUAGAUCAAUUGAGUGUCCCAUCGGAACACAAGUUGACCAAAUAGGACGAAGAUGGGCUAUCUUCAUCUCCCUUCUGCUCCAAAGAACUCUCCUUUUCUGGAGGAAGCCAUUGGCUUGGGUUGGCGCUGCAGUUGAGUUCUGGUUGAAUCUUCUGACUGACAACCAUGGCUUUGGAUCGCUGUUGCAUAGCCUUCUCCGAGGGCAUGCUGUGUUUCCGGACAACAAGUCUUCAUCCUAUAUGUCAGCUGUUGGACUCAUUGACACAAGGGUAGAUUUGGACAAAAAAAUUAAACCAACAGAUGAAAAAUACCUUGCAGCAUUAUCUAUCAUGGCUGCAAAACUAUCAUAUGAGAAUGAAACACGCAUCAAGAACAUUGUUAGAGACCACUGGAAUAUGGAAUUCGUGGAGUUUUAUAAUUGUUGGAAUGAUGAACAAGAAGCAUUUACCACACAAGCCUUUGUAUUCCGUGAUAAAACUGUGGAUGCCGAGUUGAUUGUUGUGGCUUUCAGGGGCACGGAACCCUUCAAUGCUAUCCAAUGGUGUACUGAUUUUGAUUUCUCAUGGUAUGAGAUCCCGCAUGUGGGCAAGAUACAUGGAGGCUUUAUGAAGGCCUUAGGUUUGCAAAAGAACACUGGGUGGCCAAGAGAGAUUGAACAAAGCAAAAAACGACCAUAUGCGUACUAUGCCAUUAGAGAGAAACUUCGGCGCUUGUUACGCCAGAACGAGAAGACAAAAUUUUUAGUUACAGGCCAUAGCUUAGGAGGGGCAUUGGCGAUUCUUUUUCCGACAAUCUUGGCAUUGCAUGAGGAAACUUGGUUGUUGGAUAGGUUGGAGGGAGUGUACACAUUUGGACAGCCAAGAGUAGGAGAUAAGAAACUAGGAGAGUUUGCGGAGAAGCACCUAGACAGGCCUGAGCAGAGGUAUUUCAGAUUUGUUUAUUGCAAUGACAUGGUACCCAGGUUGCCUUAUGAUGACUCCACUCUUUUGUUCAAACACUUUGGAUUAUGCCUCUAUUACAACAGCAUAUACAAAGGAAAGGUAAUGGCUGAGGAACCGAACAAGAAUUACUUCUCAUUAUGGACAGUGGUACCCAAGUAUUUGAAUGCAUCAUGGGAGCUUAUUCGUAGCUUCCUAAUUGGAUAUGUGGAGGGAUCAGAAUAUAAGGAAGGAUGGCCAAUGAAACUAGUUAGAACUUUUGGAUUGGUGAUCCCAGGCAUACCGCCACACUUUCCUCCAGAUUAUGUCAACUCCACAAGACUGGGGACAUCACUAAUACCAGGCUAUGUAACUGAAGGCAUUAAAGUUGACUAAAGUAACUUUCCAUGAUUGUAGAGUAGCUGAAGUCCCAUCGAGUCCUAUUCUUUUUGAUAUCAUUCCGACUGCAUAUUUGGAUUUCUUCGCUGCAAAUCAUGAGUUUGAAGAGGCUAAUUUCCCUGUGGAUUGGCUGGCAAGCAGAGAUUUCAGUUGUGAUAUUUCCUCAAAUAAUACUGUUCACCUGGAGUUAUGUUUCUUAUUACAAACUGAUUGUAUGGGACUUUCUUAUUUAUGGUCUCAUUGAGGCCAUUUAAGAGUGUUCUUCCCUUUUUAACAAAAAAAAAAAAAA